UCUUCCUUUAACACAGUAGUACGUUCUCCUUUGAACCAAACCCUCAUCCAAAUUAACCAGCAAGCAAGCAGUAUUUACAAUGGCAAAAACUACAAUCAUCAUCCUUGCCUCCACCCUUUGCUUCUUAUCCUUCCUAGGCUCCGCUUAUGCCCGAGACCGCUUCAUGGUGGAGGGCACCGUUUACUGUGACACGUGUCGCGUCCAAUUCCUCACCAAGUUGUCUGAGUUCCUUGAAGGAGCUACCGUGCGUGUGGUGUGUUCACAAGUUGAUAAUGCGAAGAACGUGACAUUCAGCAAAGAGGCAGUGACAGAUGCAUCAGGGUCAUACAAAGUGGAGGUGGACGGAGACCACGAAGAAGACACGUGUGAGGUUACCCUCUUGAAGAGUCCAAGAGCAGACUGCUCCGAGGUUGAUCAAGAGUCUCACCUUCAGCAAGCUGCAAGGAUCAGCAUCACCAAAAACAAUGGAAUUGUGUCCCCAAUUCGCCAGGCCAACCCUCUUGGUUUCCUCAAGAAGGAUCGUCUCCCUGGCUGCUUGGACCUCCUCAAGGAGCUUGGAAUCAAUGAAGAUGGCACCCUCAUCGCUUGAACAACCGCGUUAAAGGGAUCGAUAUAGCCAUAUAGGUAUCCCUUUUUUUGUUAUAUUAAUUAUCUAUUUAAGGAUCUAGGGCUCAAUCUUUUUAUUUUCCUUUUCCCAUUUUAUAUUUAAUUAGGAUCAAGAUGUGAGUUUUAAUAAUCUAUGAGCUUGUGCCUUUGGGGGGAGGGAGUUUUUCUAGACUUUAGAAGUCUCUUGAAGGAUCCUCUCACUUGUACAACUCUCUCAUUUUCGUAUUUGGUGGAGUUUAUAUCACUAAUCUCCGGCUGUUUCAAUUCCA